AACAACUGCGGGCUCGGGUACGUCUGCGACUACGAAUAGUAGGGAAAAUGCAGUUCAUGUUCCGGCUGCUCCCCAGAGUGCUGCUGGCACAAGAACUGCACCUACCUCACUUGCACACGCACGAGGAAACACCUCCAGCAGCAAUGUCGGACAUAGACCGACAUCGACAGGGCAGCCACCAACUCUACCAACAUGGCAAGGCUUCCCCACCACAGAUGAGCGCUGGAAUCCCUUGGUUGGAGGAGAAGGGAAAGCAAGCGGCGCAUGGCCUAUAUCGGCGGACGCGAUGCGUUUUCGCCGACUUGGAGGUACAGCUGUGCUUCUGCUGGAGGACAUCUAUGAGCGAGAUGGUAGUGCUAGGGCAGUCGAAGUCUCGACAGGAAGGGUAUUGCCUAAAGGAGUCUAUGUGUGUACAGUGGCGAGCCAAUGGUUAGGAGGAUUAGUUGGGAAGGUGACCUAUCAACUCCAACGUGUUGGGCCAGUUUCGAGGAUAGUCACGCCG